AUGGAACAUUACAUAUCCAAAGUGAUAUCCAUAGCGCAACAAUUAGCUGCUAUUGACGCUAAAGUCGCAGAUGAUUGGAUCAUUUCCAUUCUACUUGCUGGGUUAACUUCGGACUACAACCCGAUGGUCAUGGCAGUAGACAACAGCGGAAAAGAAAUCAGCUUAGAGCAAAUAAAAUCUAAACUGCUGCAAGAAGCGAAUAGACAGACUGAAAACAAAUCUGGAGCUGGUGAGCAUGCGCUUCUUUCUACACAGAAACAGGCAACAAAACAAAUUGCUCGGAAGCCAGUGCGCAAAUGCUUCAAAUGCCAUAAGCCGGGACACAAGGCAUCUGAGUGCAAGCAGAUCCAUGCUAGUGUGUGUCUGAGUACGGCGGAUACGAAUACCACGAAGAAGAGUGGCUGGUAUGUGGAUAGUGGUUGCUCAAACCAUAUGACUUGGGAUGCCGAAAAGUUACGUAACUUGCAGAAGGUCAAUAGUAACUUUAAAAUCAAAGUGGCCAACGGAGAAGAUAUAUCAGUUGAAGGAAGAGGAAAUGCUAUACCAAGUAUUAGCCGAAGUUCAAAUUUAACAUUGGAAAAUAUUCUUCAUGUUCCUCAACUAUCCAUGAAUUUAAUAUCAGUGAGCGAUCUUGUAAAGAAAGAUUUCUCGGUUAAUUUUGAUAAAAGAGGUUGCACUAUUAUGAAUAAAACCGACCAAAUAGUUGCGACUUGCAAUGAGGUUGACGGAAUUUUCAAAUUAAAUGAAAAAGAAAAAUAUGUCAACUCGACAUUGUCAGAAAAACCUCUGUCAAACCUAUGGCAUAGAAGAUUAGCACAUUUAGGUAAAAAUUAUAUGUUGAUAUUAAAAGAUAUGGUGACUGGUAUGAGUUUCGACAAUAAACAACAAAUUGAGCCAUGUAUUCUAUGCAUCCAAGGUUCUUCAAGUCUGCUGGUAUAA